AUUAAAAAGCUCUGCAGCAGAAAUGAAAGGAAGCAAAGUAUACUUGGAAGAGGGCCAAGCCAGUGACCUGAAGGACAAGUGCAUAGUUUGACCUUUUGACCUGGGGUCUUGUACACUGCCAUACUUCUGGGGUCUUGCAUCCCUUCUCCCCUGAUCGUUCCCGUGGGGGGGCCUGUCCACAUGGGCAGUGGCCUGCCAGCAUUUGGUUUGCACACUGUGUUUACUGGAGUUGUGCCCAUGCUCACCGGAGGCAUUCUUCCCUUACCAUUCCAAUGUCCUUGCACAGUCAUGUGCCAGCUGAACUCCAAAAUUGGCCUUGUAGUGUAUAUGCGGGAGCCCACUUGCCCAACUCCUGAGAUCUUAUCUAGAAGCUGAUCAGCAGUUUCAGGUUUUCUCUGUCUACUGGGAGGCUGCCUUUCAAUUAUUUCAAUUAUUAUUUUAGAGGUAGCAUAACCACCUGAUGGUCACCGGAUGGUUGCCUGAUGUUCCUUGUUGGAAGCGUGGCCCUCUCCUGCCCUGUUCGAGUCUGACUAGCUACCUGCUGUCACCCCUUCCCUUUUAAGGACUUUUCUGGAAUAUUGCCUGUGCCACCCUGCUUUCAUUCGCCGCCAGAACUUAGUUACUGGCCAUCCCUGUGAUCUGUAUAGGAGACUAGACAACGUGUAUUUCAGGUGUUGGGUGUCGUGUGUAGCCGGUGGCAUGCCUGUCCAGCCUGAACAAGCAGGACUCUCGCUUCGUUUUGCAGGGAGCUGCUUUUUGUCCGAGGUCACCCUAGGGAUCUGGCGGAGGCCUUUAGCGCCCACGGCCGCGGUCUGCGGGCACUCACGCCCCUCCUGGAUCUACCCCAAGGAGAACUGUCCCGCAGGCCUGGCGGGCCUUUCCCGCCGCGGAUUUUGGCUCUUCGCUGUUUCCCUUUGGGGAAGCGAAAGAAACAGUGCCCCUCCCGGUCUCUGCGUUUCCCCCUGUUGCCGUCGGCUACUCACUCUGCUCCCGGAGCCGCCCCUCCCGAGGGCGAUAACUCGGAGGGCAAUGGCCACGGCCACGGGCGGCACUGCGGUGGCGAUGGCGGCCCCCGCUGCAACGACCGCUGGAGAACCCCCACAGCCGCAGCCGCAUGCCCCGGAGCCCGGCCCGGGGGGCACCAAGGGAGGGCGAGAGGGCGUCCUGCUAGGCACCUCGGAGCACAGGAUUACGUCCCACAAGAAAGAAAGUGAGGACAGCAGAGCUGGUCGUCUCUCAUUCUGUACGAAGGUGUGCUAUGGCAUUGGUGGGGUACCCAACCAGAUAGCUUCCAGUGCCACAGCCUUUUACCUGCAGCUCUUCCUGCUUGAUAUAGCACAGAUCCCUGCCGCCCAGGUGUCACUUGUUCUGUUUGGGGGGAAAGUGUCUGGGGCAGCUGCUGACCCUGUGGCUGGGUUCUUCAUCAACAGAAGCAGGAGGACGGGGUCUGGACGGCUCAUGCCUUGGGUGCUGGGCUGCACCCCCUUCAUCGCCCUGGCCUACUUCUUCCUGUGGUUCCUGCCCCCCUUCACCAGCCUGCGAGGCCUCUGGUACAUGACCUGCUACUGCCUGUUCCAGGCCCUGGCCACGUUCUUCCAGGUGCCCUACACAGCGCUCACCAUGCUGCUAACCCCCUGCCCAAGGGAGCGGGACUCAGCCACUGCCUACCGGAUGACCGUGGAGAUGGCGGGAACACUGAUGGGGGCCACCGUCCACGGGCUUAUUGUGUCUGGUGCCCACAGACCCCACAGGUGCGAGGCUGCUGCGACCCCGGGGCCGGUCACUGUCUCCCCCAAUUCGGCCCAUCUCUACUGCAUUGCAGCUGCGGUGGUUGCAGCAACUUACCCUGUGUGCAGCAGUUUACUGUGCCUAGGGGUGAAGGAGCGGCCAGACCCCUCUGCUCCAGCCUCAGGCCCAGGCUUGAGCUUCCUGGCUGGGCUGGGUCUCACUACCCGACAUCCCCCCUACCUGAAGCUGGUGUUCUCCUUCCUGUUCAUCUCUGCUGCUGUUCAGGUGGAGCAGAGCUACCUGGUCCUGUUCUGUACGCAUGCCUCCCAGCUACACGACCACGUCCAGGGCCUGGUGCUAACUGUCCUGGUCUCAGCCGUGCUGAGCACCCCGCUGUGGGAGUGGGUUCUCCAGCACUUUGGGAAGACGACGUCAGCCUUCGGGAUCUUUGUGAUGGUGCCCUUUGCGAUCUUGCUGGCUGCUGUGCCUGCAGCACCUGUGGCUUAUGUCGUGGCCUUUGUAUCUGGCGUGAGCAUUGCUGUGUCCUUGCUGCUACCCUGGUCCAUGCUGCCAGACAUGGUGGAUGACUUUCAGCUGCAGCACCGUUACGGGCCAGGCCUGGAGACCAUCUUCUACUCCUCCUAUGUCUUCUUUACCAAGCUCUCCGGCGCGUGUGCCCUGGGCAUCUCCACUCUCAGUCUGCAGUUCUCGGGGUACAAGGCAGGGGCCUGCAAGCAGGCAGAGGAGGUGGUGGUCACCCUCAAGGUCCUCAUCGGAGCCGUGCCCACCUGCAUGAUCCUCGCUGGGCUCUGCAUCCUCAUGGUUGGCUCCACUCCAAAGACGCCCAGCCAGGAUGCCUCCCGCCGGCUGAGCCUUCGAAGGAGGACCAGCUACAGCCUGGCCUAAAGCUUGGGAGGGCCACUGUGAGUGGGUACAGGAGCCAGCAUCCUCGGGGCCUGACGUCGCCCUCCUCAGCCCUUCAGCACCCCGCCUGGCAGUUUAGCACGUGGCCUUUUUCCCUGGGAUGUGGAGUCUUCGACGAUGUGUUCUGAAAGGACCGGCCUGUGCUCCAGGACCCCCACUUGGCAUUUCUUGUCUGUUGCCAUCAGACUAUCUCAGAUAGGCCUGUGCCCCUGACUAGCCCCACAGCACCUGUCUCUGGAAAAAGGAAGCCCCUGCCCAACCUGGCUUGUGGACCCUGUGGGAGCCCCAGGCCCAACAACCUGCAUGGAUGGCAAAGCUCCCCAACAGGACACACACAGACUCUUGAUUGUCCCAAGGCUCCAGUAGACAUCUGCUGAGGACACAGAGAGGUGAGAGACACCAUGUGAACGGGCAGAGUGGGGACAUGCCGGAGAUGCAGGAUUAGGGAGACACAGACAGACCCAGGGAGGCCAGCGGGCCCCAGGGAGACCGAGACAGCAGUGGGGAUGGCAACUGAGCAGGGCCGGGCGCUGAGGUGCUCCUCAAGCCUCUUCGCGUUCCCAUCCAUUAAUGUGACUCUUUGUAUCAGGGUCAGAAAUGGCUAUCAAGCCAGCAAAGAUCCAUCAUUUUUACAAAUAAAAGCUAUUUGUGUAGAAAGAU